UCGGAAUUGAAGAUGGUAAGUACAGCUUCUUCCAGAGAUGUGCUAUUAAAGCACAUAAUUCCGGACCUUGCCUCGGGAUAACCUGGUUCUGAUGCCGUUUUAGAUAUCCCGGACUUGAUCGAAAGCGCCGUCGCAAUUUUGUACCGAAUCGAGAAACGCAACAGAAGAGGGAAACGAAUACAAAGAAAGGGGUGAUAUCCGAAGAAUGUCCUCCUUUAUCCAGCAUCACGCUGGAUCCCACCAGUCGCAGCUUGCUGCUACCGCGGUGAUUUCGGGAGCCGCUGUCGCAGGCGCUAUACUUGGUUACCAGGCUUAUAGACGGAGAGAAGCUGUAGAGAACCUCAAAGCUUCGAUUCCAGAUAUCAAUGAUAAGCAUCAUGCGGAAAAGCUCACGGAAUAUGGCGCCCCAGCACCGCCCAUGAGCAAGGAAGAUGAGCGCAGUGCAGCACUUGCGCGUCGGGCUCAGCAGGGUGACUACGAUGAUGAACUUAUCCUCGAACAACUCGCCCGCAAUCGUGUGUUCCUCACCGACGAAGGUCUUGCGAAACUCCGGUCAUCUUUCAUAAUUGUUGUAGGAUGUGGUGGUGUUGGAUCGCACGCUGCAACUACUCUUGCCCGGUCCGGAGUCUCCAAGAUCCGACUUAUCGACUUUGACCAAGCCACAUUGUCUUCGCUGAACAGACACGCUGUUGCCACUCUGGCAGAUGUUGGAACACCGAAAGUGCACUGCAUCCGAAAGAGAUUGGAACAGAUCACACCAUGGGUCCAAUUCGACUGUCGGAACCAACUGUUCGGCGGAUCGGUCGCUGAUGAACUACUAGCACCCUGGUCCAUGGGCAGUGAUGCAGGACAGAAGCCGGAUUACGUGCUUGAUUGCAUCGACAACAUUACCUCAAAGGUUGAGUUGCUGCAUUACUGUCACUCUCACUCCAUUCCUGUGAUCUCGUCCAUGGGAGCAGGAUGCAAGUCUGACCCUACACGUGUCGUGGUUGGCGAUAUUUCACUCAGCACGGAUGACCGUCUCUCGCGCAGCACCCGACGCCGCUUGAAGAUCCUGGGAGUUACUUCCGGCAUCCCGGUGGUUUUCUCAACCGAGAAACCUGCUCCUGGAAAAGCGAGCCUCCUCCCGCUCGCCGAGGAGGAGUUCUCAAAGGGUCAGAUUGGAGAGCUGAGUGUUCUGCCUGACUUCCGUGCCCGCAUUCUCCCUGUGCUCGGAACCAUGCCUGCUGUCUUCGGAUACACAGUCGCAAACCACGUUAUCUGCGAUGUUUCGGGCUACCCCAAUGACUACAGCAUUGGUGGAAAGGGCAGAGACAAGCUGUACGAUACAAUCAUCGCGGGCAUGCAGGGUCUAUAUGAGCGCUUGGCCCGGAGUGAAGUCGGCAAAGACCUGGUCGGACUUCGUCUCCCGAUCAGCAAGGAUGAUGUUGGAUAUCUCGUCGACGAUAUCUGGAGAGGAAAGAGUGUUGUCAGCGGCCUUCCCAACCGUUUGCUGUUGAUCUCCUGGGAACGACCGGCACGAGGGUUUGGACCCGACCCUCAAUGGGAAAAGGAGGGGCAAAAGUUCAUCCCACUUGAGAUGAAAGACCUUGUCUGCAUGACCAAGGAGGAAGCUACUCGACACGAAAAGGAAGUUCUCCGGGGUGGAAAGAAGGUGGAAGAGUUAUACGACGAGAAGACCAUACAGACGGUUAAGCAGCGGAUGGAAGAGAUCGAGUUCUACGAACGUUACCGAUAAUGACUGUCCUCGGGAGUUUAGUAUACUGGAAAACUAUCUAUGUUGUAUAAAAGGAAAAGAAAGAAUCAAUGAAGCCAUGAAACAUCUUAUUACCG